AAAGAGCAGAAUUAGUUUGCUAUCAUACAGCAUAUUAUUUUCAGAGAAAAUAGAUACAAGAGAUUUUGUGUGUUACUGUAUAAAGAAUGCCUGCAUCACGAUGACUGAAAUCCAAACAACCGAGAGCAGGUACAUAGUUCAUUGACAUUUAAUUAUUUAUCAUGUCUGCAAUUAAAUGUUAAAUGUUCACAUCUCUGCUGUGUUCCCAGAGUUCCUGCUCAUUAUGCCUGUCAUUCUCCAUUAGCUCUGCGAUAUCAAAGGAUCAGCCUGGAACAGCCAGUGUAACACUUCCUGAUCUUCCUGCAUGAUAUUCAAACUGGGCAUAAUAGGCUAUGACCUUCACAAUAUGAUCGGAUAGGCCAGAAAUGCUAGGACUUUCCAGCAUCUCCGAAAGUUUGUGCUCAUGUAAUUCCCUCCGUAUACGCAACACAAAGAGAUCGUUAAGUCUGGCUCUUUGACUCUGGCCUACUUGAACACCUUGUUCCAGGCUCAAGCAGAAAGCAAGGUCACAUUCACUCUUGCUCAGCCUUAUUCUUGCAGCUCAACUUUUCUCACAGGGCUCGGCAGCGCUCUACGUGGCUGAUGCGGUCCACAGGGCUGGGCGGGUUCUUGCAGCAGUAGACCAGUGUUGGAAGCUGCUCGCACUGCUCUGGAUGGAGGUCUACUGGGUCCUGCUGCCGCUCUGGACCAGCCUGCUCCUCCUGAGCACAGUGGUGUGGUCCACGUUCACCGGUGGCAUCUACACCAACUCCUGGGCUGUUCAAAUCCACGGGGGGGAGGAAGCAGCCCAGCGCGUCGCCCGCAAGCACAACUUCGUCAACCAUGGCAAUGUGUUUGGGGACUAUUAUCACUUUCAGCACAGGACCGUGGCGAAGAGGUCCCUGUCUGGUCACCGCAGUGUCCACGUCCGCUUGCACAGUGAACGGCAGGUGAUUUGGGCAGAACAGCAGGUUGCCAAGCGCCGGAGGAAGAGAGAUAUUUACAGUGAACCCACAGAUCCUAAGUUCCCCCAGCAAUGGUAUCUGUACAACCCCAACCGCCGGGACCUACAUGUGAAAGAGGCCUGGGCGCAGGGCUUCACCGGGAAGGGAGUUGUCAUAACCAUCCUGGACGAUGGGAUUGAGAAGGACCACCCCGACCUGGCCCAGAAUUACGAUCAAGAUGCAAGUUAUGAUGUUAAUGACAGAGAUCCAGACCCCCAACCAAGAUACACACAGCUGAAUGACAACAGGCAUGGGACCCGCUGUGCUGGAGAGGUGGCAGCCACAGCAAACAAUGGCGUCUGUGGGGUGGGAGUGGCUUACAAUGCCAGAAUCGGGGGUGUACGUAUGUUGGAUGGUGAGGUGACAGAUAUGGUGGAAGCUCAGUCUCUCAGCCUCAAUUCCCAGCACAUCCACAUCUUCAGUGCCAGCUGGGGCCCCGAGGAUGAUGGGAAGACAGUGGACGGUCCUGCCAAGAUGGCUAAGGAGGCUUUUCUGCAAGGGGUCACUGAGGGUCGAGGUGGACUUGGCUCCGUGUUCGUGUGGGCAUCCGGCAACGGCGGGCGGGAGAAAGACAGCUGUAACUGCGACGGCUACACCAACAGCAUCUACACGCUGUCAAUAAGCAGCACCACGCAGUACGGCAACGUGCCGUGGUACAGCGAAGCCUGCUCCUCCACGCUAGCUACCACGUACAGCAGCGGAAACCUCAACGAGAAACAGAUCGUGACAACAGAUCUGAGGAAGAAGUGCACAGACUCACACACUGGCACGUCCGCCUCGGCACCUCUGGCUGCCGGUAUAAUCGCGCUCGCCCUGGAAGCCAAUAUGAAUCUAACCUGGAGGGACAUGCAACACCUGGUGGUCAGAACUGCAAAUCCCGCCCACCUCAUCACCAACGACUGGAGGACCAAUGGCAUGGGCCGCUUGGUGAGCCAUUCUUACGGCUAUGGUCUGCUGGACGCCACAGCGAUGGUGGCAUUGGCCCAGAACUGGAGCAGCGUGGGGCCGCAGCGCAAAUGCAUUCUAGACAUGCUGGCGGAGCCCAGGGACGUGAGGAACCACCUGGUGUUCAGCAAGAAUGUGGAUGCCUGUUCGGGGCAGCCUGACUUCGUGAGCUCUCUGGAGCAUGUGCAGGCAAGACUCUCCCUGGCCUACAGCCACCGGGGAAACCUGGCCAUCCAUCUGAUCAGCCCUCUGGGAACACGCUCCACUCUGCUGGCGCCAAGGCCCCAGGACAGCUCUGCCGAGGGUUUCAAUGACUGGGCCUUCAUGACCACACACGCGUGGGACGAGAACCCUAUCGGAGAGUGGACCCUGGAAAUAGAGAACGUGGCUGGGCUUAAUGACUAUGGUGUUCUUUCCCAGUUCACGCUCAUCCUGUACGGAACAGGCUCCAGUGCCUUGGACCCAUCUGCUUCGGACUUCAGCAGACCCUCCAACAACAGCUGCAAAACCUUCGAUGCCCAACAGAUCUGCAUCGAAUGCAGUGCCGGCUCCUCACUUUUCCUCCAGGGCUGCGUGAAGACAUGUCCUCCCGGCUUCACGUCCAGCCUGCAGCUCCUUAAUCUGUCGCUGGAGAAUUGGGUGGAGCAGUCCUCCGUGCAGGCCUGUCUGCCCUGCCACCCAGCCUGCCUGACGUGCGCAGGCCCAGGCGAGGAACAGUGCCUGUCGUGCCACUCCCACAGCCACCUGGUGGCCACUUCCUGCCUGCAUCAGAAACAGGUGAAUCACAAGUCUCCAGCCGGCGCCAUACUCCAGGGCGAGCGAGGGGCCGAGGCAGACUCGGACGCAGGGGGGCCCUCGCACCUGCCCUUGCUGGUGGCGGUGCUCAGCUGUGCCUUCAUCUUGGCCAUGUUCGCAGCCAUUUUUGUGCUGCUGCAGCUGCACUCAGGCGUGGCCAGCGCCCCCUUCUGCAGGAGGACCAAAGUGCCCGUGACAGAGUCCAGCAGCAGGGGCAUCCGCGAGGGGUUCGGCUUCGGAUUGAGCCGCGACUGGUCGGGCAGCAGGGUGUCCUACCGUGGGAUCCCCACUGUGUGGGGGGACGAGGACACUGCAGGCAUGAUGAAUUCCGAGUCUGACAGCGAAGAACUGGACUGUCACAGUGAGAGGACUGCUUUUAUACGAACACAGAGCACACUCUAGCACACACAACCCCCGCCCCACCCCACACACACACACACCUGCACAUCUUCCGCAAUGCUUUUCACACACCUCUGUCUUCCUGUCCUGGAGCGACCGAGCUGAGUCGGCCAGCUCCGCCUCCCCGUCUGUCUCUCUGUCUCUGCCCUUUUUCGUCCCUGCUCUGCCCUUGGCUCCGCCCCAUUCUGAACUCCUCGCAGAGCAGACGCAGGUCUGUUCACGAGCGGAGUCAUUCAGGUGAAGGUGAUCGGUGAAUUUGAUUCAGAUUUAUGAGUCCUGGAUGGAAGGUUGGCCAUGCAGUGGGAAAGGUUCCCUUCAUUUUCACUUUGUUCUUUUAGUGGUCUGAGUCAUGGGAUUUAAAGUGAGAAGGUCAGAGUGCGUAUGUAUGAAUGCUAAUGUUUCCUUUAGGGCAUAAUUUACUCCAAUCAGCCUUUUAUUAUCAGUGUAGUGGAUUAGAUUUAUGCCCAACAUUUGGAUGAGGAAGGUGACCACUGCAUAAGGUCCAUAAAGUCGCAUAAUAUGUUUUAUCAGUCACUGAUGCAUUAUAUACUUAAAUUACCAAAAGCUGUGUGUCAGCAAGCUUGCUGUAUUACUGCAUUUGUGGUUGUUAUAGCCAGAGGACUUAAUAAGAGACAUUACAUUAUUUCAGAGGGUUGGCCAUGAUCAGUGUCAAAACAUUAAAGGAAUUGAAUACUGUGUUGAAGUAAGAGAUUCAAACAAAGUUUGCAGGCCUAAAGCAGGAGUUCAUCGCAGUCAAAGAAAACCAACUAUUUUUAUAAUACCGUUCCUCCAAUAAGCUUGUCUGUAUGGGUUUUCUAAUGAAAGCAUUCAGCGUGUUGUAUGUGAAAGUGUUGGACAUUUAGCCUGAGUAUUCAUGUGCUUGAUUUCAAAACAAAAUGAACCCGGUUAAAAUCCAACUGUGGUUUGGACCGUUUUGUGGUACCUAGUAUGAGAGCAGGAUUCAGAUGAAUAUUUAACUCCACACCAUUUGCACCACUAUGACCCAUAUAUAGAUGGAACGGAAUGUCAAUGAUGAGCAAACGCUGGACAAUGUGCAGUAGAUGUAAAGUCUAUACACCCUUGUUAAAAUGCCAGGUUUUUGUGAUGUAAAAAAAGGAGACCAAGAUUAAUCAUUUUAGUGUUUUCACCUUUAAUAUGACAUAUGGAUCUGCACUAUUCAAUUGAUAAGCAAACUGAAAUCAUUUAUGGGGGAAAUUUUUUAAAAAUAACAGUUGCAUAAAUAUGCGCACCCUUAAAUUAAUAUUUUGUUGAAGCACCUUUUGAUAUUAUGACAGCAUGCCGUCUUCUUUCCAAUCUUGACUUGGCAACCUUUGCCCACUUUGCCUUGCAGAAGCACUCCAAAUCCAUCAGACUGCAAGGGCAAACUCCUAUGUACAGCCCUUUUCAGAUUUUAAAUUGGAUUCAGGUCUGGCUCUGACUGGUAAUGUCACAGUUAUGCCAUGUGUUAUUCACUUGUUGUUACAUAGUAUAGCUAAUGCCUUAGAAAUUUUUUGUACCCUGCUCCUGACUGAUAUCUUUCAACAGUGAGAAUCCCUUGUAAGCUCUUUGUGGACCAAGAUGCAAGUAAAUGUCAGGAAAAUCCGACUAGAACUGCUGAACUAAAUAUGGGGCUUUAAUUCACCUUAAUUGACGGCAGGUGUGUACUGAAUAUUUAACUUGAAUGUGAUUGGUUAAUUCUGAACACAGCCACAUGCAAAGUUAUAACAGGGUGUUCACAGUAAUGCAACCACUUUAUUUUACUUUAUUUUUCCCCUCUAAAUGAAUUCAGUUUGUUUUUUAAUUGAACUGCACAGAUCAUAGGUCACAGUAAAAGGGGAAAUGAAUCUGAAAUGACAUGUUUUCAGAUUUGGCAUUUCAACAGUGGUAUGUAUACUUUUUUAUAUCCACUGUACAUUAAAUAUUUCAAACACAGUGGGAAAGUAGAGAUACCGCCAGCUGAAUAAAAAGGGUUCAUUUUUCAGAGAUAAUUUGUAAGUGCAUUAUUUAGCUGAAUCUCAGUGUCCAAGUCUAGUGGAAGAAGUUUCAGCUUUUUCUAAUAGAAGAUAUCCAUACCACUGUUAAUUAAACCACUGCCCACACAAUACAGCUCAGCUAAGCAAAAAAGCCAGAGCUUUUUAAAAUGUCAGAUAUCUUUAUAGCUGUAACUUUAAUUAAAUUACCACGUUCAGCACAGCUGAACCCUAAGCAAAUCCCCAUGCACCCACCCCAGCCCCUAUUAUGUCCUUACAAAAAACAGGCUUAGGGCUCAAAGAAUGUUUAUAUUAUUCAUUUUCCCUUUUCCCUUGUCCCAGACAAAGUAAAUUUUCUCUUGCCCCAAAGGCAGCAUUAUUGAUUUUGAGGGCUGGUGUAGUAAAGUCUAUCAGAAUCGGUGUAGGAUAGGGCUCAGGAGAGUGUUUGGCAUUUGUUUCAUGGAAGGGCAACGUAUGCCUUCUGACUGGGGCUAUUAGAGUUUCACAGUUUGAAGUUUACUAAGGUGUACUUGCAGUUAAGCUCUAUAGUUGGACAUUGCAAAGCCCAUGUUGGAAAUGACAUCAACAUACAUCAGUAAUGAUUCUCCUGCUUAGGCUAUAGGUGGAAUGUGAUUUUUCUGUAUUUGAGGUGUAUUUCAAAUGGACUUUAAGCAUUUGUCAUUUUUAUUUAACAUCAACUAUAGCCAUUAAAUCAAUUGCAAAAAUA